UUUCCAUGGCAGCCGCAGCGGCGCGGCUGAGGGGAGGCGGCGGCGCGGCCGGCCCCGGUGCCGGUGCCUGCCCCCUGCCAUGGUGCCUGAGGGGAGCCGCGGCGGCGGGGCGGCGGCGCUGCUGCUGCUGCUGCGCGGCUCCAGCCCGGCCCUGGCGGCGGCCGCGGCGCGGGGGCGGCGGCAACGCAGACCUUAAUUUAUUUUGGAUUAGGAUUCCCAUGACAUGUGAACUAGAAGAUGAUAUGAAGUAGAAGGUCUCUUUAUUUUGAAGGGACAGUCUUUAUCAAAAUGGUUGGAAAACUCAAACAGAACUUGCUCUUGGCAUGUCUGGUGAUCAGCUCGGUGACGGUGUUUUAUUUGGGCCAGCACGCUAUGGAGUGUCACCAUCGAAUCGAAGAACGCAGCCAGCCUGUGAGGAUGGAAAGUGUGCGAAGCACAGUAAGAACUGCUUCCAAUGUGAAUGCAAGCAAAACCUUUGCUUACAACAAAGACAUGCCUCUAAUAUUUAUUGGAGGAGUACCUCGAAGUGGCACUACCUUAAUGCGUGCCAUGCUUGAUGCCCAUCCGGAUAUUCGAUGCGGAGAAGAGACAAGGGUAAUCCCACGAAUUCUGGCAGUUAAGCAGAUGUGGGCUAGAUCAAGCAAAGAGAAGAUCCGACUGGAUGAAGCUGGAGUCACAGAUGAGGUUCUGGACUCAGCCAUGCAAGCGUUUUUAUUGGAAAUCAUUGUGAAACAUGGGGAGCCUGCUCCAUAUUUGUGUAACAAAGAUCCUUUUGCUUUAAAAUCCUUAACUUAUCUUGCUAGAAUCUUCCCCAAUGCCAAAUUUCUUCUAAUGGUACGGGAUGGUCGUGCUUCUGUGCAUUCCAUGAUAUCUAGAAAAGUCACGAUAGCUGGAUUUGACCUUAACAGCUACAGGGACUGCUUGACCAAGUGGAAUCGUGCUAUAGAAACUAUGUAUAACCAGUGUAUGGAGGUUGGUUUUGAAAGGUGUAUGCUGGUACAUUAUGAACAACUCGUAUUGCAUCCUGAAAGGUGGAUGAGAACUCUCUUAAAGUUUCUUCGCAUCCCAUGGAACCAGGCAGUGCUGCACCAUGAAGAAAUGAUUGGAAAAGCAGGGGGUGUUUCUCUGUCAAAGGUUGAAAGAUCUACCGACCAAGUAAUCAAGCCAGUCAAUGUGGAAGCACUGUCAAAGUGGGUUGGGAAGAUACCUGCUGAUGUUCUGCAAGAUAUGCCUGUGAUUGCGCCCAUGCUAGCAAAACUGGGCUAUGAUCCAUAUGCCAAUCCACCAAAUUACGGAAAGCCAGAUCAAAAAGUUGUGGAAAACACAAGGAGGGUCUACAAAGGUGAAUUUCAGCUUCCUGACUUCCUUAAAGAAGUGCCACAGCCAAAGAAGACAGUAGAAAGGAAGUCUCGUGGCAAGAUAAAAUGAACAUGGAUCAGUAAAGUCGAAUAGCUGUGGUACUGAGCCUAUGGAAUAGAAGACAGAAUGGCUAUUUCUUGCACAGAAGAAAAAAAGACUGCUGCCUUUUCCAUGGAAAUGAUCUUACAAGGACUGUCCCACUGAGAUCAGUGAGGUGUACUGCUCAUGGUCUGCUUUUUUCAGAAUUUCCUCUCCCAUUUCUUUCAUAGUUUUUGUUCAAAAUUUUGCUGUUGUGAGCGCAUGCAAAUCUGUUCAAAAAUAUUUAAAAUCACAAAUAUUAAUGCAGAACUGUAUUACAUUCACACUAUUUUUUAAGGUUUUAAAAAACGCAAAGCAAUGCCUGUCUCUGAAAUUGCUCUUCUGUCUUAAUUGCAAAACUUCAUCUUCAAAGAUUUUUUUUUUUUUCCUGUAGCAGUUUGGUUUUAAAUGUAUGAAGCUUUCAAGAGUGGUCUGUGCUUGUCCUUAAAGAUUUAUUUUUUUUUUUUGUGGAACAGUUGUUUUAUUCUCAUGUGGAAAUUGUUAAAUAUCUUUUAUUUAAAAAAACUGAUAAGUGACAUGUACAAUUACAAUUCAAUGACCUUUUGUAUUUUUCAAAAUAAAUGCUUUAAAUGUG